CGCUAGAUGGCACUCAAGCAACACCUGUGCCUAGAAAGACAUCAAUACAUUAGUGCCAUUCGUGCGUGAGCUUUAAAAAAAUGGUUUUCAAACCAUAGAGUAUUUCAAUGCUAGAAAUAUUGGGAGGAAAGGAGAAGUGCAGAGGAACUUCCUCUUCCGGAUGACUCAUGGGAGGAAGACGGUGGACAGAGCGGCUUCUGUGCUCUUCCCAGGGAUCGAAGCAGCAGCUGGCAGACAAAGAGAAAGGCAAUAAGAGCACUCUGGACAACUGAGGAGAACAAGCAACAUUAAAGCAAAGCAAGUCAGUCCAGAAAUCAAACUAUUUUCCAUUUCCUUCAGAGAGCUACACAAUUUUUCACCUUCCUCAUCAGGUGAGAGAAAAACGAGAGAAAAUCAAGAAGAGAUUUGUAGCUGGGAAAAGUAGAGUGUGAAAUUCAAGCAUAUGUUACAUGAAAAGCCAAGGGAGAUCAUUUUUCCAUUCAGCAAAAGAGAGAAAUAUCUGGAAGUUACUGGGCAGGAAAAGGUCAAGUGGAAAGUCUCGUAGAGCAGACAGUAUUUCAGGCCUACCUCUGGGAGGAAGAAAAUGGUUUGAAUCAAAGCACAACUAAACAAGGGAUCACUCAUAUUUUUUACUUUCUCAAGAAUAUUAGUUGUGGAAAAGUUCCAUAGACGUGCCUGUUGUGGGGAAGAUACAACUUGUAAAUCACAGCUGAUUAUGCCUGAGAGGAUCCAGACUGGAGAAAAGCCGUACAAAUAUUCUGAAUGUGGCAAAACCGUUGAUCAGAACAACUCCAUUGUGGUUCAUGGAAGGAACCACACAGGAGAGAAGACCUACAAGUGCUCCCAAUGGGGUAAAUGUUUUAGCGAGUAUGGCAAUGUGGACUCACACCAAGGAAAAACUGUUUGCAUGUCCUGAUUGUGAAAAAUGUUUCUGUGAUAAUUCCAGCCUCAUGAGACACCAGAGAACUCACACAGGAGAGAAGCCCUUUGAAUGUCCUAACUGUGGGAAUAGUUUCAGUCGAAAUUCUCACCUCGUUUCACACCAGAGAACUCACACAGGGGAGAAACCUUUUGAAUGUCCUGUUUGUGGGAAAAGUUUCAGUCACAAUUCUAGCUUGGUGAUACACCAGAGGACUCACACAGGAGAAAAACCUUUUAAAUGUCCUGAUUGUGGGAAAAGUUUCAGUCAGAAUUCCAACCUCAUUGGUCACCAAAGGAUUCAUACAGGAGAGAAACCCUUUGAGUGUCCUGAUUGUGGGAAAAGUUUCAGUCACAAUUUCAGCCUGGUGAAACACCAGAGGACUCACACAGGAGAAAAACCCUUUGAAUGCUCCUAUUGUCAUAAAAAUUUCAGUCACAGUUCUAGCCUGAUGAUACACCAGAGAACUCACAAAGGAGAGAAACCCUUUGAAUGUCCUCUUUGUGGGAAAAGUUUCAGUUGGAAUUCCAGCCUGGUGAGACACCAGAGAACUCACACAGGAGAGAAACCCUUUGAAUGUUCUGAUUUUGGUAAAAGUUUCAACUACAAUUCCAACCUGGUGACACACCAGAGGACUCACACAGGAGAGAAAACCUUUGAAUGCUCCUAUUGUUGUAAACGUUUCAGUCACAGUUCUAGCCUGAUGUUACACCAGAGGACUCACACAGGAGAGAAAUCCUUUGAAUGUCCUGAUUGUGGGAAAAGUUUCAGUCGGAAUUCCAACCUGGUGAGACACCAGAGGAUUCACACAGGAGAGAAACCAUACGAGUGUCCAGACUGUGGGAAAGAUUUCAGUAUUAGGACUAGCCUUCUAAAUCAUAUGCUUAUACACACAGGGGAGAAACCAUUUGAGUGUUCCGAGUGUGGAUGGUGCUUCAGGAAACAUUCCAGCCUUAUUGCACACCUGAAAAUCCACACGAGGACCCAAGUGAUAAGUAUAGAGAAGGCUUGAAUCUCAUUUCUAAUAUCCGAUUGUAACUCAAGCUGAGAUUGUUUAAUUUGACUACUAAGGAUUUGCCUAUUUUUUGUAGGUAAAUAUGUAAUGGU